AUGGCUGACGAUGGUAUGCUCUUGAACUUUGCCAUCAGUGACUCUGUCAUCAAACCCGAAGCAAAAUUCAAAGGAGGGACAUGGCGGGACCGGCUCUCCGCAAAGAAGCUGGGCACCAGACCCGCUAAGCGGCAAAAGACCGAUUCAGAUGGCCUCGAAGGUGAUCGCGAUCCCGAGCGCCGACAGCGGUCACAACAGCAAGGAACCCAGAGAGACCCCCGCCAAUUUGUGUCUUCUCUUUUCACAAGCAAUCCAGCGCCGCAAAACUCAGCUGAACCCCGUAACGAAGAACCGACGGAGGAGACGAAACCGACGAAUGCGCCACUGAUCGACGGAAUCGACACAUUCACCAAUCUAGGCUUAUCACCGAGUCUCGCCGCGCAUCUUCUCACCAAGUUGGAAUUGAAGGCACCAACGGCCAUUCAAAAAGCGUCGAUCUCACAAUUGUUGAAGGAGGAGAGCGAUGCAUUCAUUCAGGCCGAAACCGGAUCAGGAAAGACUUUGGCUUAUCUCCUCCCACUGGUACAACGGAUUAUGGCUCUUUCAAAAGCAACCAAAGAAGCUGGUGUGCAUCGAGACAGUGGCCUGUUCGCCAUUAUUCUGGCCCCGACUCGCGAGCUGUGCAAGCAAAUCUCAGUUGUCUUGGAAAAUCUUCUUCGCUGCGCAACCUGGCUUGUCGCAGGUACCGUCAUUGGUGGAGAGAAGAAAAAGUCAGAAAAGGCACGUCUACGAAAAGGAUUGAACAUCCUGGUCGCUACACCCGGACGUCUGGUGGAUCAUUUGGACAACACACAAGCGCUGGAUGUCAGCAACGUGCGAUGGCUGGUUCUUGACGAAGGUGAUCGUCUGAUGGACCUAGGCUUCGAGGAAGAAUUGCAGGGCAUCGUGCAGAAGUUGGAUGCGAGACAACGACCGAGCCGCAUUCCUGGUGUCCCGACAAGGAGAACAACAAUUCUGUGUUCGGCGACUCUGAAAAUGAACGUCCAGCGACUUGGCGAGAUCAGUCUGAAGGAUGCUGUGCAUAUCAAGGCGGAUCCCAGCGAAGAAGAAGAGCAAGGCCGGGGCGUGGACAAGGAUGGAGAUGAAUCGUUCCGCGUGCCCGCCCAGCUCAAGCAGACUUAUGCGAUUGUUGCAGCAAAGCUGCGCCUAGUCUCAUUGACAGCCUAUCUCAAGCGGACAUUCAUUCGCAAGGGCUCAGUAAUGAAAGCCAUCGUUUUCGUCUCGUGUGCAGACGAGGUUGAUUUCCUUUUCGAAGUUUUCUCCAAGAAGCAUGGUGAGAGAGGCACCAAAAAGGACGAGGACGUGAAAGAUGAAGAGGAGGAGGAAGAGGAGGAUGAAAAGUUGAAGAAAGAGAAGGAAAAAGAACGUUCUGAACUCUCGCCCCACGGAACUAUUGCUCCUGGAUCAGCAUUCUCAUAUCCCGCAAAUCCCGUCACCCUGCAUCGACUGCACGGAUCUCUACCCCAACACGUUCGGACGUUCACUCUCAACUCCUUCUCUAAGAGCAAAACCGCCUCAGUGAUGAUUUGUACCGAUGUCGCUUCUCGCGGUCUCGAUCUGCCCAAUGUUGACCUGGUCAUUGAGUACGAUCCUGCGUUCAGUGCCGAUGAUCACACACAUCGAAUUGGUCGUACAGCCCGUCUUGGUCGAGACGGACGAGCUCUGAUCUUCUUACAACCCGGGUGUGAAGAGAAUUACGUGGAAGUCCUGAAGCGUGGAUAUCGCGAUGGAGGAAAAUCACUGGCCCGUACAGACGCGACCGAGAUUCUGAAGCGCGGGUUCGGCGCAAGCCCCGAUUCCAGCUCCAAGAAUUGGGAGGAAAAAGCAACCGAUUGGCAAAUGGACGUGGAGCGAUGGACCUUGGAGAACCCAGAGUAUCUCGAGAUGGCUCGACGUGCAUUCCAAUCUCACGUUCGCGCCUAUGCAACCCAUAUUGCGGCGGAGCGAAGCAUGUUCAACAUCAAAGAGCUGCACCUGGGUCAUCUUGCCAAGAGCUUUGCUUUGCGGGACCGGCCUGGCAAGAUCAACGUGCCCGGUCUGCGUCAGGGCAAGGAAGAGACGAAGAAGGAUUUCAAGGCCGGUCGAGGUGCUGCGCUGGGCAAGCGCAAGGCGGGUGAGGAUUCUACAACGGCAUCUAAUGUGGACGAGGCUGCUCGGGAGAACGCGCGCAAGAUGAGAGCCAAGAUGAAGGAGCACAUGGGAGGUGCCAGUGAAUUCAAUCUGGCUUGA